UCUACAUACUUUUGUUGGUAGCAUCUCUAUCUGUUGGUGGUACUUUAGCAAGCCCUGAAGAUGAUUUGCAAUGCGUAGAGGAAAUGUGGAAUUUACUUCAGAUUUAUACAAGGAAAUAGCAAAAACCAAAUCAGCUCAAAACUUUGUCUACUCACCAUUCACAGUACAAACACUAUUAGCAAUGCUGGCUUCAGCUGAUAAAACUAGCAAUACUCUGACGGUUAAGGAGAUCAGAAGGGUGGCCCAUUUGCCUCAGGACAAUCCAAGCACAGAACAAGCAUUUCAAAGCAUAAUUACCGAUAUGAACAAAUCGACCAAUGACGAUUUCAAGAUCUUUGAUGUUACUAAAUUUUAUUUUGCCAGUGGUUAUAAUAUGGAGCCAUGGCUCAAGGAUAUCGCUGAGAGGACUUUCCAAGCCGAAACCGAAACUGUCAAUUUUACAGACCCUUCCAAUACUGCCAGUGGAAUUAAUUUGUGGGUUGCCAAGAAAACGGAUCAAAAAAUUACUAAUUUUUUUAAACAAGGUGAUAUUGCCAGAAAUACAGACCUCGUUUUAAUCAAUGCGUUAUUUGUGAUGGGCAAAUGGGAGUGCCCUUUUGAAAAAGAACAAAACGUUCGACGAACAUUCUACGGACAGAAUGGCAACAGCGACGUUGUAAUGAUGAACAAUCUGCAAUCUUUUGAAUAUUCCGAAAACGCCAAAGCGAAAUAUUUGAAAAUGGAAUUGCGCAGAGACGGCGGUGGUGCGCAGGCCGUAUUCAUAUUACCUCAUGAAACUGACGGUCUAGCUAAGCUAGAAAAACAAGUUCAAGAUUUAUUGCAAACACCUUCAUUUUAUGCUGCCAAAGUUGAUGUUACUCUACCUAAAUUCACCAUUAAUGGAGAUGUAAACCUAAAUGCUGUAUUAAAACGCUUGGGAUUGAAUCAAAUCUUCAAAUAUUGGGUCCAAGAUCUAACAGGCUUUGGGUACCCAGGUCACCCUUUUUCAGUCAUCACCAACUUGUUCCAAAAGUCGCACAUAGAAGUAGAUGAAUGGGGCCUGACUGCUGCCUCGGUCGCUGCAGCUGUAAAUUAUGUAGAUGAUCCACCAGAUACUAAAGUUUUCGUUGCCGAUCAUCCGUUCUUGUUUGAAGUUGUUGUCGACGAUGUUGUAGUUUAUGCUGAACGUGUAGUAAACUUAUAAUUGUGAUUAUUUUUGUUUAAUAAUAUUGUUUAAACGAU